GCCGGAAGAGCUCCAGAGGAUCCCCGCCCGCCUCCAUCCUCGUCCCCGGGGAUACUAGCCCAUCACCGCAGCGGUCUGAGGGAUGGAGCUUACCGGCUCUCGGGAAUCCCUAUCUCGAGAAGGCUCUUCCUUGCCUGGAGAGUGGUCUUCCUCCGCCCUCGGACAGGCCUUCUCCCAGAUCUUACACCAACUUACUGGCCAGGAGUCCCGGCGGAGCAAGGCCAGAAAUGCAGCUCUUCAGGACCUCAGUGCUCUACUAGAAGCCACAGAGUGUGAUACAUUAUUUGAGGGGAGUGACGCCUCGCUCCGUGGAAUGCCCCAGCUGCUGGGGCAGGUGGCAGAAGCCCUGGGGAAGUAUGCAGCCCCACCAAGCGAGUCGGAGGGGAGAGGUGAUCGUCACUCUGAAGUGGCUGAGAAAGCAGCUGCAGUUGGGUUGCUGUUUCUUAAGCUACUGAGGAAAGUUGAGGCCGCCAAGAAUUCCUUGGUUUGCCCUGCGUGGAAGACAGGCCUUCGUCACUUGGCAGGACCCAUGUAUAUUUUUGUCGUCACACACAGUUUGGAGCAACCAUGGACCAGCUCGAGAUCUCAGGACGUUGCUGAACAGGUGCUCGCCUUACUGCUUCAAGUUACUGAGUGCGGUUCCGUGGCAGGGUUCCUCCACGGAGAAAAGGAAGAUGAGAAAGGGAGAUUUUCGACGAUAAUGGGGCUUCUCAAAUCCGAUUUGAAUAAGGAAUCCUGGAAGAAUAACCCUGCCACCAAACAUGUUUUCUCAUGGACUCUGCAAAAGGUCACCCGACCCUGGCUGAGCCAACAUCUGGAAAGGAUACUUCCCCCAUCACUGCUUAUCUCAGACGACUAUCAAACUGAGAACAGAAUCCUGGGGGUACGCUGCCUCCAUCACAUUGUGCUUAACGUGCCAGCUGCUGAUCUGCUCCAGUACAACCGGGCCCAGGUGGUAUACCAUGCCCUUUUCAACCACCUGUACACACCGGAGCACCACCUCAUUCAGGCUGUGCUCCCGUGUCUGCUGGAUUUAUUCCCCAUCCUGGAGAAAGCCCUGCACUGGAAGGGAGGUGCGGCCCGACCCACCACACACUGUGACGAGGUCCUGCAGCUGGUCCUGACCCACAUGGAGCCCGAGCACCGCCUCCUCCUGCGCAGGACCUACGCGAGAAACCUGCCGGCUUUUGUGAAGAGGUUGGGGAUCCUAACUGUCCGGCACUUGAAGAGGCUGGAGCGAGUCAUCGUUGGUUAUCUGGAGGUUUAUGAUGGACCUGAGGAGGAGGCUAGAUUGAAGAUACUGGAAACCCUGAAACUUCUCAUGCAGUACACUUGGCCCAGAGUUUCCUGCAGACUUGUGGUCUUACUGAAGGCUCUCUUGAAACUGAUAUGUGACGUAGCAAGGGAUUCAAGCCUUACACCUGAGCCUGUUAAGAACGCCUUGUUAGAAGAGGCCACAGACUGCCUGAUUCUCCUGGACCACUGCUCCCGAGGACAGGUGAAGGGCCUCCUGGCUAACAUUCCCCGAAGCUGUGAAGACAGUAAGGUGGUGAGCUGUAUGUGGAAAGUGCAGCGGGCUACUGAAGGCGCUCCCUGCGACGGAACUUAGACUUGUAUUAUUUUCCUCAAGAGGAGGGGAUUUUCUUUCUCUUCCAGCUCUUUUAAAUGGAAUUAUUUAAGGAAAAAGCAUCUGAAGAGUCACUCUCUGCCUCCUGCUGUUCCAGGGCCUUGUCAAAGGCAUGGAUGGGGAAGUUGUAGAUGUCUCCGUACUGAAGAAAGUAAACACGGGUCAGCCUUAACGACACUCGGAUCUUAUGCUUAAAGUCCACUGUCCAACAAGCAUAUUUUUUUCCUCAGUGACUGAGAAUAUUUAGUUUGAUAAGUAAUAAUACUAUAUUAUUUUCAAACCUAGAGCCAGAAGUGUCUUUAAAAAGCCCAUAUUUGACAUUUAAAUAAUCAGUGGUUAAUACCAAACAGGUAACUUCUAUGAAGGAUGGAUACCAGAUCACUUAAAAUUUAGUAGUCUAUAAAACCCAUGGAUUGGAACAAGUGUAAUUUUGCUGACAAGGGGGAAAUAAUAAGGAAAAUAAAUUUUAUUCAUGUUGUCUCUGUAAAUCAUACUAAUUUUUCAAAAACAAAUAAAAAUUCAUUUUAAAGAACCUUAAAAGACUAGGAUUAAUAGUCAGGAGGAUCAAAAACUGUAUGGCUUUUAUAGAGAGAUCUGGAAUUGUGUCUGGGAGCAGAAGUUGGGAAUGAUGGGGAAUGCACAAAUAGUUUGUUGGCUGGACCUGGAGAGCAAAGAGGGGAAGGUCUUGGCACUGGAAGAUCAAGGGUAGUGAAAGCAUUUUAUGUGCCUGCCUCAAGGAGCUAAAAGGAGAAGCCAGGGCCUGUGUGAUACUAUAUUUGGGAAUAAAAUCAAGGUGAAGAUCUUUCUAGCAUCUUAAAUAAAACACAUUUCCCACUACUCCCACAUUUCCUAGCAUAUUGCCACCUAAAAAAUAAAAUGUGCCCCAGCGUUCUGGCUUUCUCACCGUGUCUUGUUUCAGUCUCUCCAGCAGCUCCUUUUCGAUGGCGUUGUCCAGCUGAGCAGCUAUCAGUGCCUUUUCCUGUAAGAGGAGGAAGCCCGGUUACUCCAUUAGCACUCGCUUCCCAGCCUGCAGAAGUGGAAGGGACCGUCCAGUCUUUCUGUGAAAGAUGUCACUUUCCCUCUUGCGAUGGCAGGAACUUCUGCCUCUCCAACCAGAUAUACUUUUCCCCUGUCAAACCUUCUUGGGAACCUUUCAAUUAAGAAAAUUACUAUGGUUUUAUGAACAGAUUUCUAAGUUAAAUUCUGACAAAGCCUUUGAUAGAUACACAAAGCAAGUAGGUCUGCCUAUGUUUAAGUGUCUCAGGAAAUUAGCAGUCCUGCAGCAGACUCCAUAAAAGCUGUGAAAAGGGGACCAGAGACCUUCACUCAUUUACACUUUCCAAAACCAUGUUAGACUCUAUGUGAUGUAAGAAAAGUAGAUUAAAUAUCUCUUCCGUCAAUGAUCUGUCGAAGGAGAUGAUACACGGCAUCGACCUGUACACAAGCGAAACGUAAACAGAACCUCAGUCUGCCUUUCUUGCCAAAGACUGCGCAUUAAUGUGAUAGUGAAAGUCAGAGGAUUUAAGGGCCAAACACUGAAGUUACGUUAGAAUGAACAGUGACAGCGUCAGAUACAACACAGCGAGACCGGGGCACACAGAUCAGUUAAAAGGUUACUGUGAUAUUCUACGUUUUCCCCUAAAGCAGGUGCUUACACCAAAGGGGUGAUCCAUUGAGAUGUAGGAAGCAAAUAUUCAAAACAUGUAUUCUUUUUCUUUAAAAUAUUAACUGUUACAAAUACUUUUUAUGUGUACUAACAUAUGCAGGUGCCUCGACUCAGUCCACGAUGCAGAUAGCUGUGUGUCACAUACUGUGAGCAAGAUAUGCCGGGGAAAAGCACUGCACAAGGGGUUUGAAGGUGGCGACCUUACUCCUUUAUUCGGACUAUUGCAGCACAGAGCCGUUUGCUGGGUGAAGUGGACUUACAGAUGAUACUGAACAGUUUGCAAUAAG